UGAGCGUAAAGUAGCCCGUCUGGGGAUUAUUCUGCGAUAGACUAUGUUCUAGACACAUGCAUACUCAAAAAGCAGAACUCAUUCUAUAGUUUCUCCUGAAAUUCGAAAAAGUUUGAGUGUCAUUUAGACAGUCCAUAUCAGUUACAUUAAAUAUAGUUGAAAGUAAUUUACGUUUUGAAGGAAGUCGCUGUCGUACAAGGAGAAAAUGAUUAUAAAAGACCAGCCAGUUAUAGAAGAGAGAUCUAUUGCUUCGGUGAUUAUCGGUAAAGGCACUCUUAUCGACGAGAUUUCUUUUCGGAAUUUGGUUAUGACAGCCGAGAACGUCGUGCAGGAGAUUACGUUUGCUAGGUCUCCUUUGUGGUGCGACGUAGCGCUUGUGUUGUAUGUGAAUCCAACUUCGAAAUCCUAGAUCGUCACCCAGAUUCCGAAGCUGUUAUAUGGAAUAUUUUCACCGACUUUGUUACCAAAGCUGCAUUAAGAAUACAUGCACUGCUUGGAAAACUAUCAGUACAGGGACUUCAGCACAAGUGCCUUAAGUUCAUUUAUGGCUUAUUGCUGUGCGUCCUUUUUUCCCCAAGGGAUCGUUGUGACUAUAAAAUCAAGAAAAAGCUGUUCGCUGGUGCCACGUAGCGUGUGUACAACAGAAGAACCCACCAGCUGUGUUCCAAGAUCGUCCGUUGAUUCAUAUGGUUCUGCGUAGACCACAAGUGUUCUGUAAUCUGACGACAUCCACAGGAUCUACAUCGAAGAGGACAUCAUCUUUCGAGAUAUUGGUGCUGGCAGCUAUUGACUAACACUAAAAGGGUAGGUUGUUUGGCAGUCGUAUGGCUGAAUGAAUGACCGAGCGAUUGCGAACUGCAGCUGCGGACUGCCCGACAAAGAAAGCGGGCAGGAGUGAAAAGCGGCGCGAGGCGAGGCGAGGCGGGCAUUAGCGAGCCGGCAGGGGGAGAAUGACUUCCGGACUGGCCGAGGGCCGACCCGCACGUCGGCGCCGCUUCCACUUGCAGCUUCCUGUGUCGCGCGGCAGGUGGGUGCGCGGCCUAGGUCGGCGCAGCUGACUCCCGUGGGCGGCGCAACAGGGAUGCGAGCGAUGGGGGCAGCGGUGGCGAGUGGCGCGUGGCGGCCGCUCCUCCUGUGGGAACGGCGCGGGUUCCCACGCGGCGCCGCCGGGCCGAGCCGCGCCACGCGACGCGCGGCGCUUCGGGGGCGGUGGGGGCGGCGUCGCCAGCUGUCACGGCGCCCUCCCUGUCCGCUGUAUAUAAGCCGGCGCCGGCCCGCGGGGUGUCAUUACCCCGCAGACAUGGCGCGAGGCAGCACCACGGCCGCCCUGCGACACGCCGUCCUCGCCGCCCGGACCACGUGCGCCAAGGUGCUGAAGAAACUGGGCCCCCGUGGAGCUCGGCGGCCGCGCCCCCACGUGGCGAUGGCGGCCAGCGACAACCCCGUCUUCUCCUGCGGCGAGCCCGCCGUCUGCCCAGCAGAACCGCAGCGGCCGCCGGCCGACGCUCAGCCGGAGGACGCCAAGAGCCGCCUCACCGUUCUCACCUGGCUGGACGAUGUCGCGGACCUGGAGGACAUGGACAACCGCCUCAACGAGGCGCUCGAGGCCAAGAUGGCCGCCGCCCAGCGCCGCGCCUGCACCAGUGGCUAGCCCCUCGCUGUUCCGCCAGCAUCUGCACCAUACGUGCGAAACGUCAGAACUUCUACCUCGCAAUCUGCGUAGAACAAGUUUUAUUAGCGUUUUGUAAUACGCACACGAUUACAAAUAUUAUAUUCGAGUAAUGCUUCCAUUUAGCAGUAUUUCGUAAACAUUCACUUGAACGAGUGAAUCUUGGUUACCUGAGUACAAGAUAUACGCUUUCUGAUAAAUGUAGAUACAUUUUAUUUAUCGAUCUAAAAAUUAUUCUUAUGUUGUUUAGGAAAACUUCUGUAUCACUGUCUCUAAACUGCAGCUGUAAAUAUUUUUCACGUAAAGCCUGUUUUUACCAAAUUUCCUAAAAUAUAAGAUAGAGUAUAUUUACAUGAAAAUCUGUGCUUCCUGUUGUAAAUAUUGUAUAAUACAUAUGCUAUAGACAUUUAUCUAAAAGAAGUCUUUCAUAAUGAUCCAGUGCUUACAGAUACUGUAUACAACAUUUAAAGAUAAAUAUAUUGUGAUAAUCUGCUCAAAGAAUAAUAUUCAAAUA